AUGAUAGAAAAAAAUCCUCCGAUUGCAGUUCUCCUUUUAAUUACAGGCUGCCCCUCUUCUGUUUCAUGAUUUGUACUGUAUCCAUCAUAUUUAUAUAAAGAACUUCUAGCUGAUUUAUGGAAAAGUGAAAGGACUGUGAUCCCACAGAUUACAGAAAUGAUAGAAUACUCAAUAAUAUUUAUAUCAGCUGAGCCUAAACUGGAAUCUGAACUAUAA